AUGAAAUCUGAUCUCAAUAUUAUAAAUGAUCAAACAAAAACUACCCUUUCUAAAAACGAUAUUAAAGUUAUUUGCAUAUUGAUCUCAAUGGUUAUACCAUUUUAUACUGCAGUUGAAAUAUCGACUUUUAUAUGUGAUCAGUUUACUUUCUACAGUUUCCUAACACAGCGUGGAUUACCUUAUGGAUAUGGUAUAUCUACUGAUGGAAAUAAUUCUACAGAAAUAAAACUCAAACAACACGAUGCUCAAAAGCAAACAUCAUUAGUACAGUCAUCAAAUAACUUUGCAGCAGUUGCUCCUGGUUUAAUAUCAACUCUAUUAGUUGGUUAUAUAUCAGAUCGUUUUGGACGAAAAAUUGCUUUAGGAAUCCUCAUAGCUGGAGAAGCUGCACAAGUGGUGGCUGUCGCUGUUGUAGUUUUCUUUCGUUUAACACCAUGGGCAUUAGUUGCUUCAAAUGUACUAGAAGGUUUAAUUGGUGGUGGUUUACUAUCAGCUAUUGCUCAAUUCUCCGUUUGUAUUACAGAUUUAACGAAUUAUGAUCAACUUAAAAAAUUUACAUCUAUUCCGAAAUCUGUGUAUGAACGUCGACGUUGGAUAUUUUUAACACUUAUUGAUGGUUUAGCUUGUUUAAGUUUGGCAAUUGCUAGUAUGAUUGCAGGUUCAUUAAUUCAUACAUAUGGUUUCAAUAUUACAAUGAUGGUUUGUAUUCUAAUCUAUUUACCAGUUAUAAUAUUGAUAUUCUUUUUACCUGAAACAAAUAAUGUUAAACAUUUAAAAUAUGAUACUGAAGUCAAUGUAUAUAAUCAUGAUAAACUAUCAAAUAAUGUACAUUUAACAAAAAUGAAAUUAACUUGUUGGCAAAUAUUUUAUCAGAAAAUUAAACAAACAUUAAUGACUGUAAUAUCUUCCAAUCCAGUUUUAAUAAUAAUCUUAGGAAUUCUAUUUAUUGUAUCUGUUUCGGCAAUGGUAGAUUCACCAUUUGUUGCGGUAUACUUAAUGAGUGAACCAUUUUGGUGGAAUUCAAGGAAGCUAGGAUUAAGCAAUGGUAUAACAGAAGCAUGUUCAGCAUUAUUAUCUAUAAUUAUUGUAAACAUACUGGCAACAAUUCAAUUAUCUCAAUCAAAAAGUUUGAAUAAUAAAAACAAUCAUGAAUUGAAUGAUGAUAAUGAUGAUGACGAUAAUAAUCUAACUGAAAAAAGAAUCAAUUUUAAGUUUCAGAAUACGUUGUUCAAUUUACUAAUAUUUGCAUUAAGCUUAAUGUUAAUAAAUAGAAUUAUGAUGACAAUAGCAUAUUUGUUCUCAUCGUUUACAGCGAAUAUAAUUGUUUAUAUUGGCUUAGUUCCGAAACUAGCGAAGAAUAUUAAUUUCCCUUUAUUGCGUACACUGAUCACCAAUUGGAGUGGGACUCAGCGAACAGGUUUGAUUCUUUCAUUCGCUUCCUUCAUAUCGAGAAUCGGCCUAUUAAUCAGUGUAAGCGCUUUACCUUUGGUUUAUUCAGCUACUCUUUCACACUUUCCUGGUGCUGUCUUUCUUGUAUGCGCAUCGAUGUUAUUUGUUGCAAUAUGUUCAGCAAUUUCACUACCAUUCCUGGCGAAAUACAAAAACAUGAACGUGAGAAUCUAA